GGCGGGGAACGCCGUUCCAAAAGCUGUUGGUUAAUUGUCAAUUAUUCUUUUUUUCAUCCUUUCCCAUUUGUCGUGAAUCAAGAACCACUCGUCAAUACGAGGCUCACUUUCCAUUAUCGACCGAAAUGGAGUGAUCCUUCUUCUAGAUGACAUUGAAUAUUCUAGGAAACGGCGUUCAAUCGUUCUUCUCACCUUCUUUAUCGUGAACGUUAACGCCUGUGUGCCUACAUGAUUGGCAUGUUCCCGUCAUAAUUGCGACCUUUUGUCAUCUUCUACAUUUCAAUCAUUGUCAUCGAUAUACCAUUCACCACCACCGCUGCGUGAUGACUUUAUAUAUCUUCGGUGGACAUUCCAACAAUUAGAUAUCAUUAGACUCAUGAGAUUACUCAGACACUGAACAUCCAACACGCCUUGGAGACCAACAGUACAGUCUUCGAAUACCAACAUCAAAGAUGACCAUGUCACGCGCAAGUUUUACGAAAAUUGGCCGGCUGGCCGCCGGAAGCGUCGCGAUUAUGACGCGUCGCGCGGCCGCCUUCAACACCGGCCGCCUUGUCAUCUCCGUCCGAGCUCAUACCCUCCCCCGCCAAUUUAUUCCUUCGCGUCCGUUCUCUACCACUUUGCGCCUCGCGAAGCCUUCUCCUCCACCGGCAACGGCGAAGAAAGCCGCACCUCUCACCGACAACCAGUAUCAUGAACUAGCCAAUGAAUACCUUGAGGCGGUUUUGGAGAAGUACGAGGAAUUGCAAGACGAGAAUGGCGACAUUGAUGUUGAGUUCAGUGCUGGCGUUAUGACCGUUAAGAUCCCCAACGUCGGCACCUAUGUCCUCAACAAGCAGCCGCCCAACAAGCAGAUCUGGUUGGCGUCUCCCGUGACCGGCCCGAAGCGAUACGAUUAUGUCAUCAGCGAAAGCCAAGGUCAGAAGCAAGACACUGGCAAGGGAGAAUGGGUCUACCUUCGAGACGGUUCGACGUUGAGUGAGCUUCUGCUCCAGGAGACGGGCAUUGUGGUCGAUGGUCCAUCCUAGUAAGAUGAUUGUUGUUCUUCAAGCACAAAAAAGCCAAGUCUUAUCUUGGGAUCUUUUUGUUGAGAAUGUGUAACUUCUUCUUUCUGUUAAUGCGUGAUGUGACCACGAUACGAUAUUCAUGAGACAGCAAUGUCCUUUCUGGCUGGGAGUGUAACUGUACCAUAGGCGGCAUUUUGCAUGGCUAGGACUGGGGCUUGGGAGGAGGGACUGUUCCCAAGAUUGCUUGCUUGCUAUACCACUCUAAUAACCAUGCUCUAUAGAUAUGAGAAUCCAAUUCUUUCCAAAGCUA